UAGAAGUAAGAGCAACCCUUUCAGCUCCUUCUUUGACAUGGCUGACCGGUCUUGACGAUCGUCAUCACCAUUAACCCAUGAAGCCAUUCCGUACAUCGGUAGCACUUCCCUUGCAACCAGUCGACCAUGGACUUGCGUCAGCUCUCAGCCGACUGAAGGCACCUUCCUUAUAAGCUCUUAUUAUCCCGCAAGGUUCUCACGCACGUGGGACUAAGAGGCUCUGCGGGAAGGAGGUACCUCGAUCAUACAGGAUAAGCGGUGUGCCAACCAGAUGCCAUUUUACAGUUCACUUCACUCCUUCCCUUGAGCUGCAGUGUUUAAGAUGCCGCAAAAACGAUCAUGCACGGUAGGCACCAACCCGAUAUCUCUUGGAGGCCUGCUCCUGCCUUCCUUCUCCUCUCUGCAUCCGGAAAUGAACCAUCUCUCAAUACGUGAGCCCCAUACCCCUGGAGAUGACCUCGAUCAAGGCAUCGACGACUUGGGAAGGGCUGGCUUCGAGUUGGUUCUUUGUUUGUUGGACUCGAAUAAAAAGAGGCGGCUAUCCCAGGUUAUCCCAUCCCUUGCUCUGGAACAAACAUUGUUUCUUUUUUUCUUUCGCAUUCGAGAACAUCAACCUCGAUUCGAUCGUUCGUUCGUGGAGAGACACCGCUGGUCUUUCUCCUAAAAAUUCUCCGGAAAAGACGCAGAAAAACCAUAACCCCCCCCCCUGGGUUUUUGUGGCAAGACGGUGGCAUCUCAUCCAAGUUGACACUCUUCUGCAGCAAGAGCUAGCAAACUGCUCUACACGUUACAAUCACUACAUCUACUUCUCCGAAGCAGUCAACUUCAAACACCGCGGCCUCGGACAUCUCCAUCUUUCUCAGCCGGUCACUCAGUUACUCGACCAGUCAGUCGGUCACCGACAACCACCCACGAGCACUUACCCUCAAACACCUUUAAACCACCGGGUUUUGUUUCAGACCAGGCUCCUUCUUUCCAUCAACCAACCAGUUAAGCCAGCCGGUCUACCCGAAGACACCUACUCGAGACAAACCCCUCACACUCACUGUACAAACUUCCACCCUGUCCUUCGAUCGGCAGAAACCCAACUCAACCCAACAUCUCACCAUCCGACCACCCAUCAAAAAAACAUGCCCAGAGGCCGUGGAUCAGGUUAUGACUUCCCGAAGCCGAUUGGUGCUUGUCCGCCGCCGAAGCCUUCAUCCGGUGUUGGUACUGGUGUUUCGAAAGGCGGCAGUGAUGAUGGUAGUGAUGGGAGGGAUAAGGAGAAGGGUACCGGUAGCAGUGGAAGUCAUGGUGGAAAUGGUUCUAAAUAGGAGUGGCGGAAAAUGUAGAGGAUGUGUUUAUGAGUUGGUGGUUUAGGGGACUAAAGAGGGAGAUAUAGUGUGAUGAAGGCCAGACGUAAUGGAUUAAUUUAUGGGAGGGUGACAAAGGCAGGAUAUGAUGUUGGUGUGUUUGCAACCAGCAGUUUGGUAUCUGGGGUGGAUAAUUUGUAGGGGUCAUCUGCCUUUUAAUCCCGGGGAAGAUUGACAAUCAUGGGGAUGGUGUUAUGAUAUAAAUUAUAAUUUCU